AUGGAGCGGGGCGCAGGAGCCAAGCUUCUGCUGCUGCUGCUGUGGGCGACGUGCUUCGGGCGUGCAAGAGCAGAUGCAUCGAGCGGCUACACGUUGGUCAUCGAGCUGACCAACGAGACUCCCAGCUCCGCACCUCGGUGGCGGUCAGGUGACUGGAGCACCUGGCUGGGAAGCCCCGAGGCCUGGGUCCGGCUGGAGGUGGGUGGGUGGGGUGCGUGGAGUGAGCCGCUGUGGUGUCCCGCCGGCGGCUUCCUGGUGGCUUUCUCGCUUCGCGUGGAGGCACCCGUGACCCCCGGGGACAACACGGCUGCGAACAACGUGCGCUUCCGCUGCUCCGACAGCACGGAGCUGCAGGGGCCCGGUCUGUCCUGGGGAGACUUUGGAGACUGGAGUGAGCCUUGCCCUAAAGGAGUGUGCGGCUUGCAGACCAAGAUCGAGCAGCCUAGAGGCCUCCGCGAUGACACCGCUGUUAACGACGAGCGCUUUUUCUGCUGCCGCAGUUGACACCAUCGCCGCCCUCUCCCAGCCCAGGCCUAGUCCCACCUCCUUUAUUAAAGUUUC